AUGAAAUUAAAUAUUUAUAUUUUUUUAAUUCUAUAUAUUAUAAAUAUUAAUAGUAUUUUAGAAAUAAAAGGUUAUCCUCAAAGUAAAGAAAAUGUCAUUUCUUUAAAGCUUGCAAAUGCAAUCAAAAUACAAACAAUAUCAUAUGGAAGUUAUGAUGUAAAUUCAAAAAAGGAUAAUCAACAAUUCGAUGAGUUUAUCAAAUAUCUAAGAGUGACAUUUCCAUUGAUACAUAAUAAAUUGAAGGUGAAUAUUAUCAACAAUCACUCUUUAUUAUAUCAAUGGGAAGGUAAAAACAAAGAUUUACUUCCAAUCUUGAUAAACAGUCAUUAUGAUGUUGUUCCUGUUGAUAAAUCAAGCUGGACGGUUGAUCCUUUUGGUGGUGUCAUAAAAGAUGGUUAUAUAUGGGGUCGUGGUGCAAUCGAUGAUAAAUCAAGUGUUAUAGCAUCAAUGGAAGCUGUUGAAUAUCUCUUAAGUCAAUCAUUGACACUAAAGAGAUCAAUCUAUCUUGCAAUAGGACAUGAUGAAGAGUUACAGGGUGCCCAAGGUCACAAAAAGAUAGCAGAAUAUUUGAUGAACAAUAAAAUCAAAGCAGAAAUGAUAAUUGAUGAAGGAAAUCCUUUGAGAGAAGCUGGGUAUAUGGGAGUUAAAAAUAAAACAUCAGUAAUUGGUGUUUAUGAAAAAGGUUCUCUGUUCUACACCAUUUCAGCUAAUGGAACAACCGGUCAUUCUUCAAUGCCACCUUCAUUGAAAUCACCAAUAGGAAUCUUGGCAAAAGCAAUCAUUAAAUUAGAAUCUAAUCCUGUUCCAUAUUUCGAAGAUAAACAAUAUCAAAAUCCAUACUUGGAUCUGUUUAGUCCAGAACAGAUCUCAACUAAUCCUUCACUUUACUAUAUAAAGAGGACAACAACAACAGUUACAAUGUUCAAUUCUGGAAUCAAACCAAAUGUAUUACCUGUUUCUGCAACUGCAUGGGUCAGUCAUAGAGUUGCACCUGGUAUCGAUAUUCCAUCUUUAGUCGAAAGAAAUAUAAAGCUAAUUAAUGAUACAAGAAUAACUUUAAAGGUUUUAAGUACUCGUCCACUAUCACCCUACUCUUCCCCCAAUAGUACUUCUUACAACGCUGUUAAACAAACAAUUCUCAGGGUAUUUGGAGAUAAUACUGAAGUGUACUCUGGAGGAAUGCUAGCCAACACAGAUACCAUUCACUAUUGGCAUAUCUCUCCAAAUAUAUUUAGGAUAACACCAAUCAUCGUAAAUGAUAAUGAUUAUGGUAUUCAUAAGUCUGAUGAGAAAUUAUCAACAACCAAUCUUUUAAAUUUUGUAAAUUUUUAUGAAAAUUUAAUAUUAAAUAUGAAUAAAUAA